CCCGCUGCCGUUCGCCCGACUUAUACGCCCUCUCCCUCUUCUUCCUCUUUAUAUCCCGUCGAAGAACUGCUCGCAAACAUUCAAGUCUCGGAUGCCCCUACAGCGCCACCGCUUAUCUCCAACCAUCCCACCUCCGUCCCCGAACACCAUCCAGUGCACGGACACCGCCCAAGCCAAUCCUUCUCCGAGAGCUUCUCCAACCACGGGUCGGCCUCCCCGCUUAGUGGAUCGCAGCACUGGCAGAUCGUUCCCGUUGGUGACCAGACCUUGCAGCCCUCUCUCAAGGUUCUCCUCCUGCAUGGAAGCCUUGAUAUCUGGGUUUUAGAGGCGCGGAACCUUCCCAAUAUGGACAUGUUCUCCAAGACCCUAGGCGACAUGCUGGGCCGUCGGCUCACCAGCUCCCUCAGCAGCAAGCUGGAGCAUGUAUCUUCAAUGACUAGCGAUCCCUACGUGUCCAUCACCGUCUCCGGCGCUGUUGUUGGCCGGACUUAUGUUAUCAGUAACAGCGAGUUCCCAGUCUGGGUGCAGCAUUUCUACGUCCCGGUGGCACAUCAUGCUGCGGAUGUCGUGUUCUUUGUUAAGGACAAUGACAUCGUUGGGUCUCAGCUCAUCGGUUCUGUGUCCAUCCCCGCUGAAUGGAUUUAUUCUGGUGAGAAGGUGGAAGGCGUCUACCCGAUUCUUGGUUCCAAUGGGAAGCCUUGUAAGCCCGGAGCAACGCUGAAGUUAUCAAUUCAGUAUUUCCCGAUUGAGAAGCUUGGCAUGUAUUACCUAGGUGUUGGUGCCGGUCCUGACUAUGGAGGAGUUCCAGGUACUUAUUUCCCGCUUAGGAAGGGAGGGAAGGUCACUCUCUAUCAGGAUGCUCAUGUUCCUGAUGGUUGCUUACCUGACCUAAAGUUGGAUCAGGGAGUGCGCUAUGAACAUGGAAAAUGUUGGCGGGACAUAUUUGAGGCGAUAAGCCAGGCUCGGCGUUUGAUUUAUAUCACAGGGUGGUCGGUGUACCACACUGUUAAGUUGGUGCGGGAUGCUGGUUCUGGACCUGGCUGCACGUUGGGUAGUCUUCUGAAAUCCAAGUCGCAGGAGGGAGUGAGGGUUCUGCUUCUUGUGUGGGAUGAUCCGACUUCAAGGAGCAUUCUUGGUUAUCAGAUAGAUGGGGUGAUGGCUACUCAAGAUGAGGAGACUCGUCGGUUCUUCAAGCAGUCUUCAGUGCAGGUUCUGCUUUGCCCUCGUUCUGCUGGGAAGAAGCAUAGUUGGGUAAAGCAGCAGGAAACUGGAGUCAUCUUUACACAUCACCAGAAAACUGUGAUUGUUGAUGCUGAUGCUGGUCACAACAAGAGAAAAAUCAUUGCUUUCGUUGGCGGGCUUGAUCUAUGUGGUGGCAGAUAUGACAAUCCCAAGCAUCCUUUGUUCCGCACUUUACAAACAUUGCAUAAGGAUGACUAUCAUAAUCCUAACUUCACGGGGACUGAUACAAAAGGUCCAAGAGAGGCUUGGCAUGAUUUGCACUCUAGAAUUGAUGGUCCAGCUGCUUAUGAUGUUCUGAAAAACUUUGAGGAGCGCUGGCUAAAGGCAGCCAAACCCCACGGGAUCAGAAAGCUGAAGAAAUCUUAUGAUGAUGCAUUGCUCAGGCUAGAAAGGAUACCUGAAAUCAUUGGACCGAAUGAUUACCUCAAUGAUAAUGAUCCUGAGAGUUGGCAUGUGCAGAUUUUCCGUUCUAUUGAUUCAAAUUCUGUGAAAGGUUUUCCGAAGGAUCCAAAAGAUGCUACAUCCAAGAACUUGGUAUGCGGAAAGAAUGUUCUUAUUGACAUGAGUAUACACACAGCUUAUGUUAAGGCCAUCCGAGCUGCUCAACAUUUUUUAUAUAUUGAAAACCAAUACUUCCUGGGCUCAUCUUAUAAUUGGGAUUCUAACAAGGAUCUAGGUGCCAAUAAUUUGAUACCCAUGGAGAUUGCCCUGAAAAUAGCCAACAAAAUUAAAGCACAUGAAAGAUUUUCUGCAUAUGUAGUUCUACCAAUGUGGCCCGAGGGUAAUCCUACAGGUGCUGCUACCCAACGUAUUCUUUAUUGGCAGAAAAAAACAAUGCAGAUGAUGUACGAGACUAUUUAUAGAGCUCUAAAGGAAGUUGGGCUUGAAGAUACUUAUGAACCACAAGAUUAUUUGAAUUUUUUCUGCCUUGGCAAUCGUGAGGCUGUUGAUGUAAAUAAUUCACAAAUUGAAAGUCCGGCUACUGCCAACACGCCUAGUGCACUUGCCAAGAAGAAUAGACGGUUCAUGAUCUAUGUACACUCCAAAGGCAUGAUCGUCGAUGAUGAGUAUGUGAUUAUUGGCUCGGCAAACAUUAAUCAGAGGUCUCUAGAAGGUACUAGAGAUACUGAAAUUGCAAUGGGUGCUUAUCAACCCCAACAUACUUGGGCAAGAAAGGCCUCUGAACCAACUGGUCAGAUUUAUGGGUAUAGGAUGUCUUUAUGGGCGGAGCACACCGGAACCCUAGAGGAGUGCUUCACCAGGCCGGAGACUCUCGAAUGCACGAGACGCAUCCGCUCAAUUGGCCUGAUGAAUUGGAGACAAUUUGUGGCCGAGGAGAUAACUGAAAUGAACGGCCAUCUCCUAAAGUAUCCCGUAGAUGUUGAUAGAAAGGGCAAGGUCAAGCCCCUUCGUGGAUGUGAAACAUUCCCCGAUGUUGGCGGAAACAUUUGUGGAUCCUUCCUUGCAAUUCAAGAAAAUCUUACAAUUUGAUCAAGGGACUGUAUAACAAGUUUGAUGGAGAUAAUGGGUAGGAAAUGUAAUUUAUCCAUUCUUUUCCCAAGUAAUGUGGCCACAUGGGAUGUAAAUUUUGUUUUUGGGAAUUGUUUGUGGAUUUACAAUAUACGAAUAAUGGUGGUAUGUAAAUGCAUGUGAGGUGGUGAGUUUGUUAUAGCAUCAGUUACAUUUGUAAAGGAGGUUCAAUAUAUUGCUGAAUAUUUUUUUGUCGAUGUAGUUUUUGUUAUGAUGGGAGUAAUAGCAAAUUUUUUUCAAA